GAUAACCUCAGUAAGUAUUUUGAAAGUGCAACGCAAGCUUCUUUACUUCGAAAGUGAAUUCAGCUGCAAAAAGAUUGAUAUUCUCAAAAUAGAAAAAAAAAAACAGAAAAUAAGCAUCGUCAAAUAGUAAAUGGUGCAGCAUUUAUGAGGAAUUUUAUUUAAAAAAUGAUGGCAUACACGUACAGACAUAAACUUCAAAUCUACUUUAUUGCACAAAUAUUGUGCACAGUGUGGCUCACUGCAACAGUUUGCGGUGAAAGUGAUAAAUACAGCGAAGAUGAAGUUGUGAAUGAGAAUAACGUUCUUGCUUGGUAUAUUUUGGAUGUUUCACAAAUUUUACAAAACUCCAAAGUUAAUACCAUACUAUCGCCCAUGAAUCUAUUGAAAACGCCAGCAAUAGUGGAUUUGCGGUUUGGAGCCGACAACGAAAUGGAAGGAAUAAAUAUGAUUUUAGCAGAAUCCAGAAGAAGUUUGAGUAGACCGGAAAAUGUGGAAAUGUUUUACAACACAAAAAUUCAAGAAAUCUCAUUUGCUGAUACCGAAAAUCAUAUUGCAAUGAUUAAUGAUUGGGGUAAACGCGUAACAAAUGAGGAGUUUCCAAAACUUAUUGAAUCCAAUUCAAGUCUAAAAAAUUUACAAGUAUUAAUUUUAAAUAUGUUUCACUUUGUAGAGACUUUAGAAAUUAAUUUUAAAUACACAGCAAAUUUAUUAUUCUAUAUAACACCAAAACAAAGAACUAAAGUACCGGCAGUAGAGACUACAGAAUAUUUAAAGUAUCUAGAUUCGCAAAUGUUGGACGCGAAAAUUUUGCAACUGCCAUACAGCAACGGCUUUUCAAUGUACAUACUUUUGCCACACACCAAAGCAGGCUUGAAUGAGCUACUCAGUAUUCUUGGCUUUGAACAGCUUAAGCGUUUGCAAUGGAUGAUGGAAGUGCGACGUGCAAACGUAUUGAUGCCAACGUUUAAGUAUAGUUUUAUUACAAACCUUAAAGAAGAUAUUCUAGACAAAUCCGAUCAUAGAUUUGAUAGUGAUUUUGAGAAUUCUUUUAGCAAAGAAAAAGAUUUUCUUAAUAUUUUCAAAGUAGCUGCAAUAAGUUUUAAUGGAACUGGCAAACCGAGAGUAGAAGAUUAUCAAAAUAUACGAUCGGCAAAAUAUGAAAAAUUUCAUGUAGAUCGUCCGUUUGUUUAUUAUAUAGAAAAUAAAUAUGGUGAAAUUGUAUGUAUUGGUAAAGUUGAAAAUCCAGAGCAAUGAUGAUGCAUAGAUGUUUCGCAAUAUUUUAUAUUAGGGGCCUUCAUUUGAACAUACAAAUCGCUGAUUAACCUGAUAUAAUUAUGAAUUGAUAAAUAAAUUUUGAGCUAUUUUAUGGCAAAAAUGUUUGUAACGGAUAAAUAUACGCAAUUUAUCGCUUUAUCUCUUUCAAUGAAGACCCACAAUAAACUAGAAAUUACAAAAAUUAUUGCAAUAUAUAUAGAUAUAGACAUAAAUAUUUUAAUCUAAAAAUAAAAAAAUUU